UACGACGACGAACAACAAACGCAAACAACAACAACCAACCAACUUAACCAACUUAACCAACCAACCAACCAAUACUCGCUGGUUCUUCCCGAGUUCCGAGUUUGCGGCGUGACGCGCGAAAACCCGUAGCCGAGAGUUUUGCUUCCUUCCUUCCUUCGUUUCUUCCUUCCUUCCUUCCUUCCUUUCUUCCUUGCUGUUAUUUUUUUCUUUUUUCUUCUCUCUUUCUCUCUCUUUUUUGCCCUAACUCCGGGUCCCGCCCGGAUCCCCGCACUCUUCGUCUCUCUGCGUAUGGUUGUUGGUCGUGUGGUGUGUUGUGUGCGUAUCCUAUGUGACACGGAGAAAGGAACCAGAGGAACGAGUUAGAAGUUAACGAACGAGAACGAGAACGACAGAGAGAAAAGAAAGAAAAAUAAGAGGAGUGCCAGCCAGCAGCAGCAGCACCAGCCCCAGCACCAGCACGAGCACCAGCAGCAGCAGCAGCAGCAGCAGCCAGAGAGCCAGCCAGGCAGCCAGUCAGCAGCAACAGCAACAGCAGUACGGUGCGUCGUGUGUGUGCGUGCGCGCGUGUGCGUGUGUGUGUGUGUGUAUGUGGACAUGGGAGAUUCUUCUUCGUGGGGUGCUGUAAAUUACUAAGAGGAAGAGGAGAAGGAGGAGGAAGAAGAAGAAGAAGAGGAGGAAGAGAAAGAAAUUAAAAAAAAAAAAUAGUAAAGAAGAAAGAAGAAGAAAGAAAAAAAGGAUAUAGAGGAGUGGGGGAUAUAUAAAGAUAUCGUGCGGGAGUGCAACUUAUAAUACGACGCGACGACGACGACACGACAACGAUCAACAACGAUCGACGAGAAAGAUAUAUAUAUAUAUUAUAUAUAUAUAUAAAAGAAAGAAGUUUUCUUUCCUCCUUUCUCUUUUCUCUAUUCUUUCCUUUUCUUUUUUUUCUUUUCUUUUCUUUUCUUUUCUUUUCUUUCAUUCCGAAUCGACACGUUUGAUACGGAAGAAGAAAUCCCCUUUGCCUUUCUUCCGGUCUACGGUAGUAUCGUCUCGUCGUCGUCCCUUUUUCUCUCGUCGCGCGACGAGAAGUGGAGAGAAGAGAGAUAAAGGUUAGGUUAGAGCCGGCUCUCUCGAUCUGUCUGUCUCUGUCUCUUUCUCUUUCUAUCUAUCCCUCUCUCUCUCUUUUACUCACGUACACGUAUAUAUAUAUAUAUACACAUAUAUAUCUCUUCGUCUCAUCGUUGACGUGUAUAUUCUCUCUCUCUCUCUCUCUCUCUCUCUCUUUCUCUCUUCUCUUUCUACUUUAUUAUACGUGUGUUGGGUGCGCGUGCGCUCGCUUGUACCAUCACCGAAGCGUGAGGCGGUAAAUACAACACAUUCGAAGAAGAAGGAGAAGAAGAAGAAGAAGAGGAAAACUGAACGAAGAACGAAGAGUGAAGAAAGAAAGGAAGGAAGGAAGGAAGGAAGGAAGGAGACACGAAUGCCGAUCGCCGGUAGAGUUCUGGUUGCUGGAACCGCGGCCCAUUGCCUGUCUUCCGCCGUUGGCAUGCUUCGAUUCCUCGCCAGACUUUCAGGGAGGCGGCGACACGUGCGCCGGAGUUCUGGGCCAGGUGGAACGGCUCGUGCUGUCGAGGAAACAGAAAAAGCUGCUACGACGGCAGCGGUAGUGGCAGCAGCAGCAGCAGCAGCAGCAGCAGCAACAACAACAGCAACGACGACGACGGCGACGACGACGGCGGCGACGACGGCUGGUCCGACGACGACGACGACGACGACGGCGGCGGUGACAGUAGCAGCAACUACGACCACGACGGCAACUACGACCACGACCGCAACGACGACGACGGCAACAACGACGACGACGAUGACGACGAUGACGACGACGACGACGACGAUGACGACGUUAGGAACUAAGGCAGGGGUGGUACCGGCUGCUGGAAGCAACGGCACGGUUGGAAGUACCCUUAUGGCCAACGUGGGAUGCCAGAUGAUAGGAGGAGAAAACGGGAUAAUCGAAGAAGUUAGUUCACCGCUGCCGGAUGAAGAACUCCGUUGUUGCGACAGCACCACCGGCGGCAGCGGCAGUACCACUAACAGCAGUACUAGCAGUAACAACAGCAGCAGCAGCAACAACAACAACAACACCACCACCACCACCAACACAGUCAUCAUGGAUGACAAUAACAAUAAUAAUCAUCGUUACCAACAAUACUAUAGGCAUCAUCCGCUUCUUCAUCGUUCUUUUACCCAACAACAAGAUCUUCGUUGUUGUCAUCAACGUAGGAACAUUGAUGUCACGAAGCCGAUGAAGGAUGAGAAAAUGAUCGAGGAUUAUAGUCAUUUAGAAGAGAAUGAUUCUCAGGAAUAUUCGUCGUUAUCCAAUUCUCGGGAAUUAGAAGAAACGUCGUCUUGGGACAUAGCCGACCUACGUUACCUACAUCGUCAACACCAUUUACAUUAUAGCUAUUGCCAUCAGCUUGAACAUCAGCAUCAACGUCAUUAUCGUAAUCGUCAUCAUUGUCAACACCAUCAUCGUCCACAUCAUCGACAUCAUUAUCAUCGUCAUCAGGAGUAUCAUCUACAGCACCAGGAACAACAACAACCAAAUCCACAUCAACGUCCUCAUCAUCAUCAUCGUCAUCAUCAUCGUUAUUAUCAUCAUCAUCAUCUCGACGACUUACAACAACGUCUGCGGAAGGAACGAAGGCGAGAAAAUGUUGUCUCUCCUUCUUCCUCCUCCUCCUCUUCCUCCUCUUCCUCCUCUUCCUCCUCCUCCUCCUCCUCGACGACGAUGACGACGACGACAACGACGACGACGACGACGACGACGACGACGAUGGCAACCACUAUCAUCACCGGCAACAGCACCAGUACCGGUACCACCUCUUCUUCCUCCUCUACCUCGUCGUCACCUAUCAUCCCUCUCGUCCGACCUGAAGAUAGUAACACGUCCAGGAGUGUCACUGCCAUGACGAAAGGAUGCAGGAUUCCACCGUACCUCGCUACGUUACUCAUCAUCUCUUACACCCUCUUCGGUAUCACAGAUGCCUGUUCGUCGCGGUCAACGCCAAAACCACGACCACCAACGCCGACACCUCGGCCAAAUAUCACAUUCCACAUGUAUACGUGUCCUCCGGAUUAUGCGGAGUGGUACUGCCUAAACGGUGCCACGUGUUUUACCGUCAAAAUCGUCGAUUCCCUCCUCUACAAUUGCUUAUGUGCUAAUGGCUAUAUCGGACAGAGAUGCGAGUUCAAAGACUUGGAUGGUUCCUAUUUACCUUCUCGUCAACGUGUAAUGUUGGAGACGGCAAGUAUCGCUGGUGGUGCGACGAUAGCAGUGUUUCUCGUCGUUAUCAUUUGCAUAGCAGCUUAUAUACAUUGUAAAAGAAAGCAAAAGGAAUUGCGAACAAGCAGUAACUGCUUCGACACGGUGGAUGGACCCGGUCGAGAUCCGGAGCUGAGGCCGUUUAGCAACCGCAGCCGCUCCCUUAUGAUCUACAUGGCCAAGAAUCCUCCCAACAGCUCGGCAACAAUUGAGCAAACAAGAAUGCCAGGAUGGAACAGAGUAGAAACGAUGGAAUCGAUGAGAAUGGCAUCUAUAAGCGAGAGCAAACGUUCGAGCCAAUAGCCAAGAUCAAACUCGUGUCGGCAAAAGAAGAAGAUCUACGAUGAUAAGUCGUGGAAGAUUAAUUAUUGCCGAUACGUCGAUCGCCAACAGAAAUAUCCAUCUUCCGACAUUAUUAUCAAUCGUUGUUGUUGUUGUCGCCGUCCGAACUACGAAGCUCGACGAAAACGAAUAAUAGAAUCGUCCAAAAAAAAAUCAUCAUUAUCAUCAACAUUAUCUUCAUCAUCAUCAUCGUCGUCAUCGUCAUCGUUCUCAUCAUCAUUAUCGUCGUCAUCGUCAUCAACAUCGUCAUCGUCUAAGCUUGCUAACUUUUCUAGAGUUACGUCUGUACUUGUACGUUUCGCAUCGUUCCUUUCAUUUCACGAAGAUAUACGGCCCUGAGAUAACCGAAAUAUUUAACGCAAUGCCGACGAACAAAAACAUUUUUUCUUAAUACCAUGUGAAAUACGUUCGAACAAAGGAUAGAAAAAAUGAAAUAUAUAUAUAUAUGUACAUCUAUAUAUAUAUAUGAAAAAAAUAGAGACAAUGAGAGGAAGAGAAAGAGUAUUUCUUUCGUUAAAAAGAUAUACUUGAUAAUAUUUGUUCCAACGUAUUUCUAACAUUAUAUUUUCGUGAAACGGCUAGGCUGAAUAUGGUGCUAACUACGUGAACACGACUUCUUCACAAUCGCUGCUUUUUUUUUUGUUUUCCUUCUUAUUUCUUUUUUUAUUUCUUUUUCUUUUUUUGUGUGUUUAUUUAUUUUACUUUAUUUUAUCUUCCUUUUUUCUCCAAUUUUUUUUCAAGACAUUCCUAUAAAAAAAAUAAUAAUAAUAAAUUGUUCCCUCGAUAUGCCUCCAUUUUCGGAUUUAACAAGAUACUAAUUUAAUAAUGAACACACUUUCUGGUGUGUGUGUGUAUAUAUAUAUAUAUAUAUCUGAUUACACACAUAUACACACAUACACGUUGAUUCAUUCGGAAAAAUUUCAUUUUAUUCCAACAAAAUUCAAAAUAAUACAGAAAGUAAGCGCAGGGCAUGCACGUUGUUUGUUGUUAUUGUUAUUAGAACAUUAACGAUGCAAUCCUAUAAAUGUGCCAGCAUAAUUUUUUUUUUCCUUUUUUCUUCUUUUCUUUAAUUUUUUCCUUUUUUUUUUCAUUGUUUUUUUUUCAUUCUUUUCUUUUUUUUCAGAUUUUCUAUUCUCGACUCAUACGAGGGAUUAAUAUCUAUAAUAAUUAAAAAAUCAUUAGCUAAAAUAAAAAUAAGUAAGAUCUUCGCCAAAUUAUCAUGAACUUUCAUAGUACAUAAAAAUUAUUCUAUUUUUCUAGAGUAAUAGGCUUAACGUGUUCCUAGAUCUUCUCACAAAAUCAAUUAAUCAUUUUCAAAGCGUUUUGAUUAACUUUUUUUUCUGAUUAGUAAUACUAAAAAUCUAGCUUGUAAAAUUAACAAUGCUUAAUAACAAAGUCUAAAGGAUUCUCGAAAUAGAGUAAUAGAUUAUUAAAAUCAUUUAGUAACUUUUGGCCCACCUAGAAAACCUUAAGUAAUACCGUAUUAUUAAGUCCUGCGCUUCGAAAUAAAAAAAAAAAAAAGAAAGAAAAGUUCAGUAAUUAAAAAAACAAAAAAAAAACAAAAAAUUCGACUAGCAUUACAGAUAAGACACGCAUAACGUGAAAUAGUGAUGAAAAUAAAUCACAAUAAAAAAAAAAGAUCUCGAGAAUAAAAUCAUUUUUUUUCUUUUUUAUAAUUUUUCAUCUUAUAUAUUAUAUCGAUCGCAUAAUUCAGAGAAAAAAGAGAAAGGAUACGCGUGUGUGUGUGUGUGUGUAUAUAUAUAAACGAUAAAAAGGCGUACAUAGAGAAUGACAUAUGUAAAUACUUGGUUCAGCAUUCAUUUUCCUUUUACUUUUUUAUUUUUUCUUCUUUCUCGCUCUUCCUUCCACCCUCUCCAAUUUCUUCAUCCUUGGGAUUUUUGUUCCGUUUUUAUAUAUAUAUAUAUAUAUAUAUAUAUAUAUAUAUAUAUAUAUUUAUUUAUUUUCUUAGCGAUGUGAGGAUGUGGUCACGAAAAAAGGACCAUUGAAAUGAUGUAAAUAGUAAAUUAUACUUUCUAAGAAUUUUGCCUACGCACCGUCCACGAUGCAUAUAUACAUAUAUAUAUAUAUAUAUGUGUGUGUAUAUAUAUAUGUCUGUGUGUAUAUAUAUAUUUAUUUAAAAAAAGAAGAAAAAAUGAAAACGACUGAAGUAGUAACGAGCCUUUCGAUCGUUAUGAUUUAUCCACGUCAGAAAAAAAAGAAAAGAUAAGAAAAAAAGCAGCUUAUUCUCCAAAAUAAUGAAUUUACAUACAUAUACACAUACAUAUUCACAUACAUAUUCACAUGUACACAGUGAUAGGAAAAGUGGGCUCCAAAAGUUCCUAGGUGGGCCAAAAGUGUUCCUAGAGAUGACUUUGAUAAAUCGAUAUUUUCUUUUUCAGAGACACUUUAAAGGCUAUUUUUUAUCUGUUUUACUUUCUUUUUUUUCCUUUUUUUUUUUUUAAAUAUUGUUGAACUACAAGCUAUCUAGGAGGAGCUUGUCUAAUCUGACAAUAAUGACAAUAAAAAAAUAGCGCCUAAAAGAAUCUCCAAAAAGGUGUAAUUGAUUGUGAAAAAAAAUCACAUCUAGGAAUAUUUCUGGCCCCGCCCCCUUUCUUCUUCCCCCUAUAUACAUACAUAUAGGAUAUAUAUAUAUAUAAAAAAGAAAAAAAAUAAAUUAUGAAAAAUUACACCUAUGUAUGUAUAUUAUAAUUUCUUUCUUUUUUUUUUUUUAUCUACAUAGAUAAGUGAAAUAUUUCUCUCCAAAAACAUCUUGAAAAUGAAACGAUUAAACUUUUUUUCUGGCACGUUAUUACUAACAAAUUUGCGUUACUCCUUCCAUAUUGUUAUACUUCUCUUAGGGGUGUUUUUUCACCCGUGCAUUUGUUAUCAGUCAAUUCGAAACAGGAAGAAUACAAAUUGCACUCUCAUCUCGAAUAGAAAAUACAUGGAAGCGUUCCGCAAGCAUAUAUAUAGAUAUGUGUGUGUGUGUGUGUGUAUAUAUAUGUAUAUAUUAAGAGGAUAAAUAAGAUAUAUAUAUAUAUAUGUAUGUAUAUAUAUAUAUAUAAUAUAGCACCAUAUAUAAAUAUAAUAAACCUAAUCGAUGGAAAAAAAGAACAACAACAACAACAACAACAACAACAAUACGAACAAUAACAAAAAACUAAUAGUGUAUGUUUAACUUAAUAUUUGUUUUUUUUUAAUUUUAUUUUUAUUAUUAUUAUUAUUAUUAAUAUAUUUUUUCUUUUUUUUUCAUUAUAAUUCAUACUAUAUAUGUGGUUCCUAAUUUAUUAUCAUUACUCUUUUGAUUAUUAUUAAUUAUUAUUAUUAAUAUUAUUAUUGUCACAUCAUUAAUAUCAUUAAUAUUAUUAUUUUUAUUAUCAUUAUCAAUAUUAUUAUUAUUAUUAUUAACAUUAUUAUUAUUUCAUUAACUAAUUAUUAUAUAUUAUUCUAAUUCUAAUCAUUAUUGUCCAUUGAAUAUCGAUAAGUAUCUCAAAGAGGAUACAUUUGUAAUUUAUAUGAUCCAUAUAUGCAGUAUCCCGAAUGAGUAAUUAUUGAUGUAAAUGAUCUAAUGCGAGAAAAAUUGUCUCUGUGUGUACGUAUAUGUGUGUGUGUGUGUGUGUGUGUGUUGCGCGUCUGUACGUUUAUGUGACAUGCAAAGCUCCGUGUAGUAGCACUUGUUUCCUUUCUUUUCUUUUUUCUUUUUUUCUUUUCUUCUUUACGUAAACAAAAUUCUUUUCUGAUUCAUCCAGUGACGUAGGAAAAUCACUCGAUCGAUCGAUCGAUCGAUCCCUAACGAUUAAGAAAAAGAGAAAGAUAUAAGUAUUGAUUAAAGAAAAUACGAAUUGUAUGGGAAGAAAAAAGAAAAAAAAAAGAAACUGAAAAAAUCAUUUGAAAGAAAGAAAUAAAUGCGAUCGUGCUUCUAAUAAUAAUAAUCUCUCGAAGUGUGUACGUGUGUGUGCGUGCGCGUGGUGUGUGUGUGUAUAACAUACAUAUAUAUAUAUGUAUGUCUGUGUAUAUGUAGGACAUAGUAAAUUAGAAAAAAGAAAAAAAAUAUAUAUAUAUGUAUGUACGCAUAUGUAUAUAUAUAUUUAAAUACAUUUGACCGAAAUUACAUAGAGAGAGAGACAGAGAAAGAGAGUGAUAAUGAAUAACAAUUUUUUUAGCACAUUAGACAAAGCCGCGCAUAUAUAAAUGUGGUGCGAAGGAAAGAAAAAAUCGAAUGUUAAAGCGCCCGUAAAUUAAAAAAAAAAAAAAAAGAAAAAAAAGAAAA